ACGCGCGCCGAGACCAAUCAGAGGCCGCCGCCGGGCCGCGACGCCGGAAGACCGGGGGCGGGCGCAGGAAGUGACGCUGCGGCGUGCUGACGCGCGGGCUCGAUCCGAGGCCCGAUUCCGCGCCCGCCAUGGCCGACAAAAUGGAUAUGUCUUUGGACGACAUCAUUAAGCUGAACCGGAGCCAGCGAGGCGGUCGCGGCGGAGGCCGGGGUCGCGGCAGGGCCGGCUCCCAGGGCGGCCGCGGCGGCGCGGUGCAGGCCGCCGCGCGCGUGAAUCGAGGCGGCGGGCCUAUGAGGAACCGGCCCGCCAUCUCUCGCGGCGCCGCGGGCGGCGGCGGCAGGAACCGGCCGGCACCCUACAGCAGACCGAAACAACUUCCCGACAAGUGGCAGCACGACCUCUUCGACAGCGGCUUCGGGGGUGGCGCCGGCGUGGAGACGGGUGGGAAGCUGCUGGUGUCAAACCUGGACUUCGGAGUGUCAGACGCGGAUAUCCAGGAACUCUUUGCCGAAUUUGGAACGUUGAAGAAAGCAGCAGUGCACUAUGAUCGCUCUGGACGAAGUUUAGGGACAGCAGACGUGCACUUUGAACGGAAGGCAGAUGCCCUGAAGGCUAUGAAACAGUACAACGGUGUCCCUUUGGAUGGCCGUCCCAUGAACAUCCAGCUCGUCACAUCACAGAUUGACACGCAAAGAAGACCAGCACAGAGCAUAAACAGAGGUGGCAUGACAAGAAACCGUGGCUCUGGUAGUUUUGGUGGUGGUGGCACCCGGAGAGGAACCCGUGGAGGCAGCCGGGGAAGAGGUAGAGGUACCGGCAGGAACUCAAAGCAGCAGCUUUCUGCUGAGGAGCUAGAUGCACAGCUGGAUGCUUACAAUGCCAGGAUGGACACCAGUUAAACAGCCGAGCAAAUCCACACAAGUAACAGAACCCAGAAGCUUCGUCCGAGAUCCCUAGAGAGGGAGGGUUGGCAACUGGACUGUGCAGACAAUGGUGGAUUUGUUUUUGUUUCUUUUUUCCCUCCUGUUUUAAAAUAGGAUCUAAAAACUCAAUGUAAAGGCUUUUUUUCUUUUCUUUUUUUUUUUAAAUUCUGAAACAGACCUGUUUUGUACCGAGUUAUUUUUGGGAUAAAUUUUACUGGUUGCUGUUGUGGAGAAGGUGGCGUUUUCACCUUUGCCAUAAUAAACUAGAAUUGUGUGUAGAACUGGA